AGACUAACAACAAGGACUUGGCGCUAUGCGCCUCUACUUCCCAACCCCGUUUUCCUGUAUACGAGGUAGACAUGUCACUGCCUUCAAACGGCGUAUAAAUCCCGUCUUCUACAGCCAAUGCCAUAUCCUCUGCAGAAAUAGCGCACGACAUGCAUCAACAUCAGCAUAUAACAAUAGCCAGACCGUCGACAUCCCCGUCGGAAACAGUGGAUAUAUCUCCCUUCAAAUAACCCACCCCGUCGCUUCCCCGGCGCAAACCCGCGGAAACGUGAUCAUCCAUCUCCCACCAGGACCUGUCUUCGCGCAAGCAUCCCCAGAUGCAAAAGAAUACAGAGAUGGCCAACCCACCAUCGCCUCUCACCGCGACACCACCCCCCAAACCCUGGCAUCCAUCACCUCUUCAACAGUAGUAACAAUCAACUACCGCCUCGGACCCCUCCUCAACACACUAAACACAGCACCAACCAACCCCGAAUCCCUACCUUCACCCACCAACCAUCUAUUCCAAUACCCGACCCCCAUCCACGACACACUCGCUGGCCUCGACUACAUCCAGCAAACCCUCACCCCGCAACGCCUAUCCAUCAUAGGCACGCACGUCGGCGGCUCCCUCGCACUCAUGCUCUCACUCACCGAAUCCCAAUCCAUCCACGCCAUCGCAGCCCUCGACCCGAUCUGCGACUGGACGGCUCUUGACGAGCACUGUCAUCAAUCCCCCCCGGCCAAUCAUGGGGAUGAUAAUCCCAACAACAAAAACAACAACAACAACAAUACAACCCCCUUACACCCCUCACGCAAACGCGGUCCCCGCUCCCCCGCACCCUGGGAUCUAAUGCCGCUCCUCGAGGCCCGGAGGGCGUAUUUCACCACUCCGGAACGGUACUUCGAUGCGUUUGCUUCUCCGAUGCUGUUUCUUAGGUCGGCGGGGAAGCUCGUUCCGAGGUUUUUCCCGGAGUAUGAUACCGGGGCUGGGUAUCCGGUUCCUGUGCUGAAGGCUAGACCUACAUCUCCUAAAGGGUUGGGGGAGGGAGAUGAUGAUAGGGCUGCUGAUUGGUGGGAGGCAUAUUCGAGGUUAGAUGAGCAGAGGGACGGCGCGCGGAUUACGGAUUGGGAUGCGGACGCGGAUAUGGAUGGCGAGGGGGAAGCGGAGGCGGAGGAGGUUAAUGUUCGGAGGAGAAAGGCGCUUUCGAGGUGGCCGCCUUUCGGGUUGGAUUAUGGGCUUAGUGGGGAUAGAAAGAGGAAGGGGAAGGGGGAGGGGGAGGGGAGGACGCCGGAUCGGGAGGUGAGGGAGUUGGAGAUGACUCUUCCGUGGGUGAGGGUUUUGAGUCGCCAAUGUCGGGGUAGUAAGGGCAUGGGGAGAGGGCGUCCUGUCAAGGGUGAGACUGUGCUGUCUGCGCAGGCGAGUGAGAUGGUGGAUGUUAUGCGUCGGGCUUGUUUCUGGGGAAGGGAGAGGGGGUUCGCGGAGGAGAGAGUCACGCUUGAUAAGGUGCCGGGGGAGGAGUGGGUUGGUCCUGCGGAGAAGAGGGCGGGGGAGUGGGUGAGGGGGAUUAUGGAGGUGGAUGAUUAG